UUAUGAAGGUACAUUAAUUUGUCCUUAAUUUUUAAUCGUGUGCGUAUUUGCAAUUAAAAGAAAUAGUAACUUACAAUUUUGGGCAGGAAAUCAUAACAUUUUAGUUGUUUAUCGUUCAGAAAAUGAACCCAAAAGAAGUGGUUUAUGUUGGAAAUGUUCCGAAACAAGCGACCGAUCAGGAGCUGGUCGAGUUUUUCAAAAAUGUCGGAAAGGUAAUCAAAGUUUCGUUUAUGCGUGAAAAUCGAAACGACUGCCGGUCCAAGGUGGCAUUCGUGUUGUUCGAGAACGAACUGCAGGCGCUGAAAGCGUGCAGCUUUGAUCAAACCAUCCUCCAGUGGAAUCGCGUCGUCAUUACACUGGUUGACGACGAGCGCCACUUCUGGGCUGGUUACACCGUAAUCGUGAGAAAUAUUUCUUUCGAAACAAACGAAGAAGAGUUGUAUGAGGCCUUUGGCCGGUACGGUAUGAUAGAAGCGGUGCAGAUACCCAACCAAAAUUUUGCUUACGUGGGAUAUAAGGAAAAAUCGGCAGCAAUCGCAGCACAGCGGUUGAACAAGACUACACUUGGAUCAACAGUUAUUACUGUUCAAGUGCUUAACAAAAAUGUUCGAGUACGCUUGGAAGAUUUGGAUAGUUUCAAAACGCCGAGAGUUUACAAUGAGCUUAUGGACGCCAAGCUAAAGCAUAACUAUACUAAGGCUCCCAUUACAAUCGUUACUCCACCGCUGCAGGAUGAUGACUAUGACGACGACGAUGAAGAUAAUAGGGUUUAUGAUCCUAUUACCAAUCAAUUUUAUAAUAAAGGAGAACAGCCUCAAAUCAAACGUGAAAGUUCACCGGACGAAAUGUACGAGGAAGACAUGCAUGUACCAGUACCAUCUCCGAUUACUUGGCAUGCUGGUACAAAGGAUCAGACGUCGACCCAUUCACCAGAUGAGUUUGACCUCUCAAACGAAGAACUGAUGGAAACUGCUGGGGAGAUCCGUCGACGGGAUGUCAAGUUUGCAAACACUGGUAUAACUCCUAUCGCCAAAGCUUCUGUGCGAGUGGAAAAUAUUCCCCGCGAUGUAUACGAUGAGGAUGUCGUAAAAUACUUUGACCAGUUUGGACCGAUCAUCAGUGUUGAGAUAGCAGUUUGUCUGAACUGUGUGUUCAACAAAGUGUAUACUGUUAUAUUUAAAGAGGAAAGUACAAUGGAACGCGUAAUCGACUGCUUCAUGCGGAGGUGUGAGUUUUCUGGAGUUGUUUGCACAGUCUUUACGAUGCGGACUGAUGAAACUCUUCUGGAAGUACCAGGUCAGUGUGUCCUGGUGGAUUACAUUUCCAACAGCAUAACCCACGAAGACGUUGUCGAUGCUUUUCGUGGGGUAGGUGAAGUGCUGUACGUGAAAAAAACGCUUCGGAACAAUACUCCCAGCGUGAUACACUUCCGGCGUAACAUAUCAUUCGACCGUGCCAAAAAAAUCACCAAAAUAGACGGGGAUACAGUGAAGGUGGUUCCGUUCAGCCAGGAAGCUUACCGAACUUUCACUACGGAACAUUGGAAACUGAAAAAAGCGAGCACACCGUACUCGAAAAAGCCAUUGAAGAACGUCCGAAUGAUGGAUAUCGAGAUGAAGGAACAAACUGAACAGAGCAAGUAUAUGAUUCUGCGGACCGUUUUCAACCCUAACUAUAACAAUCCGGAUCCGCAGAGGUACACCUAUGAAAUCGUCAUAUACAACUGCCCAGCGAGAAUAACCCUCAAAGAGCUAAGGCGGCACUUCAUAAACGUAGCAUUUGUGACCAACAUGCGCCACGAGCAGAGCCGUUUCGAUACCAAUACGUGGAAGGUGUAUGCCAGCUUUUCAACGUAUAUGGAUGCAUUCAAUGCCGUGCGUUUGAAAGGGCCCCUGCAAUCGUUUCCGAUCUACAAGCACAUGGCCACCGAAAAACCAAAACUGGAUGCAUUAGAAGUGCUACUGAUCGAGUUCGAAAACGAUGACAUUUCCGUAAACAAAAUGCACGGCUAUCUGAUCAGUCACGGCGCUGUAACAUUUGUGGAUAAAAUUAGCAACAAAAGUUUCAUCGCGAUCUGCCGGGAGGUAAAAACAGCUAAAAAAAUAUCAACUUUGCGGUUUUUGUCCAAAUGUCUAUGCAAAGUAUCAUUAUAUAGAGAUGUAAUCAAUAAUCAAAACGCAGCCAUGAAUACAUUAUCUGCUGGAAAGGAAACACAGCAACGAAAAGAGGCCGGCAGUUCUUCGCGUGUUGGACCUCCAAUUCCAAUGGAUGAAAUCAUAGCUCUGCAGAAGCGACUUCUAAAUGAUAAUGGCGAGAGUCGUACGUCAUCGCGGGACUAUCGAUUAUCCAGCAACAACGAAUGGGAACAGGAGCUUGAUCGUGGCGGCGAGAGCUCCGGAAUACAUCGACGGAUCUCUGUUGAUAUGGAUCUGGACAACGAUGAGCCUGAGCACUUCAAUAAUGGCAAUCAACCUCAAGCACAGUUUAACCGAGGAUAUCCCAGAUUUGAACGAGUUGACGAUCUCGUUUUCUCCAAUCCUCCAGCACCGAACGAGAUACCAUUUGGUAUACCAUCGAGGGAUAGCCGUUUCACAUUAGGAUGGGCUCUGGGUGGUCCUCUACAUGAGCCACCAGCUAUGGUGCCACCUCCAGUUACAAGAAACGUGUUCAUGAAUGAACCUGUUGGCUUGAUUGCACCGCCUGGUUGUGGCAUACUUGGGGGCCCACUCCUUAUUCCUAAUGUGACUAUUCAUCAAAUUCAACCUGAAGUUCCCGCAGUUCCACAUGAGGGAGAUCUUCGUCAAUAUUUGGCUGAAAAGCGAAACACCAGACCGCGUGAUAUCUAUGAUCCAACGGAAGAGCUAGAUCGACAGGUACAAAGUAUAAAUUCCGGGCAACCGAAUAAUUCUCAAGAGAUGGAAAACCUCGAAUCGUACAUACGGGAAAAAGAGCGUGAAAUCAAUCGACGGCUAAAAUUGCUGGACAAGCAACUAACGGUCAAUGAACAGCCCGAAGCGAUCCGCAAGCGCUCGGUUUCACCUACUGAUCGUAGAGCACACGAUCGCAUUGAACAGAUCCGGGAGGAAAAAAUAAAGAUAAGCUGUCAGAUGGCUGGUUUGCGUCAUAUUGUAAACUACAAAAACACUGCACACUUCGUUCAACUUCGUGAACGUCAAUCAAUGUUGGACAGGGAAGCUACCGAGAUACAACGGCAGCUUGAAGCCAAAAAGUUGUGGUUAGCAGAACGCGAACGAUCGCUUUCCCGAGAACGUCAUGGUCAAGAGGAGACACGUAAACCAUCAAGACGUAGUCGCAGUCGAAGUCGCAAUCGUACGAGAGGUAGCAGAAGCAAAUCUCGUGGAAGGCAUACCAACAGCCGCGACCGGGGCAAUCGUAAUCGCGAUCGCCUAUGCGACACUCGUCGUAGUCGUUCUCGUUCGUUUAGUAGACAGGGUCGGCGUAGAUCGCCAUCGAGGGAACGUUCCAGACGUCAUUACAAUCGUUCGAAUAAUGUGAGCAGCCGAAGACCUCAAUCACUUCUGCGAGAGAUGAGACAGUUGGGCCGACCGUUGGAAAACAAACAUGAUCAUUGUUUGUAUGUUGGUAACAUCGCUGACGGUGUUAAAAAUGAAGAACUAAAAGCCACGUUUGACCGAUACGGACGUGUCGUGGACUAUGAUUUCAGUUUACGCGACAAGUACUGCGACAUGUACGUUGAGUAUCAUCAGCGUGAGGAUGCUUUUAAGGCCUUGGAAAUGAAUCGAGUUAAGAUAUGCGGGAAGAGAUUGCGCGUUGCUUUGAACUGCAGAAAGCCUGGCAAUCGAGAAGGUUACAGCGUAAUAGUGGAGAUGCCUGAACCUGUUCCUGAGCGAGAUCUUUAUGCGCGGUUCAACGGCUGUGGUGAAAUCGAAUUUAUCUGGCACUACGACGAUGCUUUGAUUGCCACUAUUACUUUUGAAAGACCCGAGUCCAUGCUGAUGGCCCUAGCUGUUCGAGAAUUGCACAACCGAAUACCAAUAAUAGUUCGUGAGUAUGUGGAAAGUGAGCGUUGAAUGUUAUGUUUAUGGGAGUGAUAAACUCGUCGCUGAUGACUAUUCGCUGACAUGGUUAUUGUAAGUACAUACUAUUCAUGAUAACAUUAUUCACAAUUACAUGCAAGCUUGAACCGACUUAAACUAAAACAGUUUACCGAUUUAUCUUCGACCAUCAGUUGGUCGUCUGUAGCGUAAGCUAAACGCGCGAUAAUUUGAAUUUUGGUAAAAAAUAUAUGUUUUGCAGAAAGAGCAAAA